GCCAACAAUCACACCCAAUCGCAGGACAAUCCGUCGGCCGAGCACAAACAAUUGCCCCCGCAAUUCGCCAGAACCUCUUUUGUCGUCUGCGCUCUGCCUUCUGCACUCCGUACCCUGCACGGCACCUGCCGCUACAGCCAAGGACCAGCCCGCGUCGUUUCUGCCCUUGGCCACCGUCUUGACUACACUGCUCUGCCCUUCUGCGCUCCCAGGCUUGCCUCCAACAAACCGCUCCCUGUAAAAAGCCCUGCGCUGCACCUUGUGUUGGCUGAGCCAUGUCCCAAAGCAGGCCCAAGAAGCGCACCAGCGGCGCUUCCUUCGAUGCCACAAUACGGAAGUUUCUCGAGGACCAUGUACUCUUCAAGGGCCUCGACGAAAACUUCAUCACUCUCCUUGCCUCAGAGAUGCAAACGCGUAUCUAUAACGACAAGGACUAUGUCAUCCGAAAGGGCGAAGUGGGCCGCGCCAUGUUCUUUGUCUUCAGGGGCCAAGUGAAUGUCAUUUCGGAGGACGGUGAAACUAUCGUAAACGUGAUGAAAGAUGGCUCGUUCUUUGGUGAAAUUGGCUUACUGUUCUCUGUGCCGCGAACUGCGUCGUGCCGAGCAUCGGGUCGGUCGAUUAUCCUGACUCUUACGAAGGACAGACUCCAAAAGUGCGUGAAAGACUAUCCCAAGGUGGCAGAGGCGAUCUCGCAUAUUGCCGAAGAGAGAUUUGCGUCGUACAUGAAGCAGAAGGAGGAGCAGCAUGAAGUCGAGUUUGGCGAGGAGCUAAAACUUUCGAUGACCAACGACGAUCUCAAGUCGGUGCCAUUGUUUCGGGACUGUGAAGUCGGGUUUCUGCACAUGCUGGCGCUCCAUCUCAAGCCAGUCCAGUAUCGCCAGAACAAUCUCAUUAUCAAGAAGGGAGACUAUGGCAUGGAAAUGUACUUUGUCGUGCGUGGAAUUGCCGAAGUGUUUGGUGACGAUGGCAAAGUCUAUGCACAAUUUCACCCCGGCUCAUUCUUCGGAGAGGUUGCGCUUCUCUUCCGAAUGCAGCGAACGGCGUCAGUUCGUUGCGUGUCCAACGUCAUCAAUGUCUUUAAGCUGACCAAGGAGUCGCUGGAUAAUGUUCUCAAGAACUUUCCCGAGAUCAACGCAAAGAUUCAAAUCGAAGCCAAGAAACGCUUCCAAGAGAUCGAGUCCCGUGAGCACACCAAGAUAACCCAAAAUGUCUCUGCCGAUACGGCUCGAACUGAAGUGGAAGUUGCGCGCGAGAGACUCAAGACGGUACCGCUCUUCAAGGAUGGGCCUGUCGGCUUCCUGCACGAGCUCGCGCUGGCCCUCAAGCUCAGGGUGUACAAACCAGGAGAGAGAAUCAUCAACAAGGAUGAAAUCGGAACGUCCAUGUACUUUGUUGUCGAUGGAAUAGCCGAAGUGACCUCUGAGGACGGAAGCACCGUGUACGCCGAGCUUGGCGAAAACUCGUUCUUUGGAGAGGUUGCCCUGUUCUUCGAAGUCAACCGCACGGCCUCGGUUCAGUCCAAGACUGGAUGCACUGUCUUUGAGCUCAGCAAGGAUUCGCUUCACUCGGUGCUCGACAAGCACCCAUCCCUCCAGGCCAAGAUGAGGGAAAAGGCCCUGGAGAACUACAACUUGUUCCAGUCGCGUCAAGCAGCACUCAAGCAAAUCAAGGAGCGCUCCAAGGACCACAAAACCGAGCAAUACGAUGUUGAGGCCACUAUAGAUCGACUCAAGGGGGUUCCCAUCUUCAAGGGCUGCGGAACAAACUUUCUUCAAUCGCUUGCGGCUGUGACGACCAUCCAGCUUUACAAAUCUGGAGACAUUAUCUUCAAGAAAGGAGAAAAGGCCACCCAGAUGUUCUUUAUCGUCCGAGGCACCGUCGAGAUCACGUCCGAAGACUUGCAAACUGUCUACGAUACCAUCAAGGAAGGUGGAUUCUUUGGAGAGGUUGGAUUGCUGCGCGGCAUUUCAAGGACGGCGUCGAUCAAAGUCUCAAGCUCCGACUGUGAUGUCAUCAUUCUGACAUCCAAGUCACUCGAGAAAGUACUGAAGGAGUACCCAGAGAGCUUCCACAUUAUCUCUCUCGAGGCCGAGAAGCGCUAUCAGUUGACAGAGCAGCGUCGUAAGGAGCGCGUGGCUGCUGAGGGGGCUGAAGUGGCCGAGGACGAAGGACCGGGGACAUCGUUUGUCGAGGAGUUCCGCCCCGAGCUUCCAUCCGUGCCAUUUGCACCGAUCCCAGCAAACGAAGGUCCAACCAAAGCCCGAAAAAGCUCUAGUUUCAGCAGCAUAUUCAAAUUCCGCGGAAAGAAGGAGAAAUCUGGCAAGGACAAGCCCGGAUCAGAGUCUGAUAGCGCCAUUGACAAGUCCCAGAGCAGCAACAGCGUCGAGAGCGCUCACUCUAUCCAAAGCGAAAAGGGACCAACAAAGCUUGGCAAGUUCUUCCAAAAUAUCAAAAACACUCUCGGAAAGAAGGAAGAGAAGACUCGUGUUGUGCCCAAGGCCAUCUCAGCAUCGCCAUCGAUAAGCACCCCGACCGAGAGAAGAAAGGUCACGAAUAUCCUCGAGUUCAACGAUCUCGAGUUUGGAUAUAUCAUCUCGUUUCUCUGUCCUCGCGACCGAAUGCGGCUCCGUGGAGUUUGCACCAAGUGGAACGACAUGCUACACGACUCUCGCUUCUGGUCCAUCAUGGACUUUCGCGAGAUGUUCAACACCGUCAAUGGUGCGCUCCUCGACCAUCUUUUCCUUGUAGCUGGACACCAGCUGCUCAAGGUCAACUUUGCCUCGUGCUGGCAAGUCUACGACGACGACUUGCGCACACUUGCCGUUGAGUGCCCAAAUGUCACAAGUCUGUGCAUCUCCAACUGCUGGAAGAUCACAGAUCGCGGCCUGGCCUUUGUUGCCCAGGCAUCAAGCAAGCUUGUGGAGCUCGAUAUUAGCUACUGCGGACAGCUCAGUGGCGCUGCCUUCGCCGAUCACAAGUGGGGCACCCUGAGAAAGUUCGACAUGACCUAUUGCAAGCAAAUUGGCGAUGAGUACCUCGAGAAGCUCCUGUGCCGCACGACCGAGAUCCAAGACCUCAGGCUCCGCCGAUGCGUCCGCAUCUCUGAUUUUGGUCUCUUCCUUGUGGUUCGAUACUGUCGCUAUCUACGAUCGAUCGACCUCUCCGACUGCGAACAGAUAUCGGACAAAUGCCUCAAGUGGAUUGCCUCCAGCUGCUACAACCUCACCAGCUUCAAUCUUACAUUCUGCACCAGGAUCACCAACGGCGGCCUCUACGACUUAUCUCUGGGAUGCCAGCACUUUGAGUCGCUCAAUCUGAGCCACUGUGUCCACUUGACCGACGCCGCAAUUGUUUUUUUCUCAGAUAGCAUCAAAUCCCUUCGGUUCCUGUCGCUAAGGCGCUGCAAGAAGAUCACCGACGGGGUUAUGGGCUAUCUCGGGAGAACCGCGCCCCAUCUGAGGGUCCUUGAUGUCACCGGUUGCCCCAACAUUUCACAGGCGGCAAAGGGCCAACUAGAGACAACCCUGAGGGGCAUCGUCGUCCUCAUGGACGUGCCCAGAGAAAAGAGAGGUAUCUGUGCCCCCGGUGAGGGCAAGCUUCCGCGUGCCCUGGAGGUCCCCUUGUCGGUCAUGUUCACUUCAAUCCCCGCCAGUGACCGUGCUCAGCAGGGGCGCCAGAGUUCUGCCGACUCGGGCAAGAAGCGGGCUGGCUCGAAGAGCUCGGGCAAGCGGCAAAAAUCGACGGUGGCCGACUAAGGCACCUUUGCGCAAUCGUCCUCGCCGGGCUCGUGUUGAAGCCGGCAUACAAGCCCACUGCGGCGACGACUGGCGGCUCACUCUCUCGGCAAUCUCGACCUUGUCUGCAGCAUUGCCCGAUGUCGGCGACGCUCUCUCUUAUCUCGUUUCCUCUCGCACCUCGCCUUGUCAAUAAAAUUUGGAC